AUGAAAACCGAAAGUUUUGGUGGUGCCAGGUACUUUGUGACAUUCAUUGACGAUUAUUCUAGAUGUGUAACCGUCUAUCCCAUUACACACAAAUCGGAAGUGUUGGAUAAGUUUAAAGAAUGGGAAGCAGUAGUAACAAAUCAAGCAGAUUGCAAAAUUAAAACUUUACGGACAGACAAUGGAGGUGAAUAUAUGUCUGCUGAAUUCCAAAUUUCCUCAAAGAGAAAGGUAUUCAUCACGAGACAACUGUACCCCACUCACCACAACAGAAUGGUAUCGCCGAACGGAUGAACAGGACGCUCCAGGAAGCUGCUUUAUCAAUGAUCUUACAUGCAGGAGUAUCCAAGAGUUUCUGGGCUGAAGCAGUUUGUUCAGCAGCAUACAUAAGAAACCGAGUUAUCACAACAGCAACUGGAGUCACCCCAUAUGAGCGAUGGUACGGUAAGAAACCGGAUGUUUCAAAUUUCCGUGUUUUUGGUUGCACCGCCUAUGCCCAUGUACCAGAUUCUUCACGUCAGAAGCUCGACCAGAAAGCAGUGAAAAUACGAUUCGUUGGCUAUAGUUUGACACAGAAGGGGUAUCGAUUGUACGAUGAGAACAAACGUAAAUCUUUAUCCGUCGAGAUGUUACUUUCAAUGAAACUGACUUCGGACAUACGAACAGAGUACAAUUGGAGGUUGAGGAAAAGGAUGAUGAGUGCUCUAAAGAAGAAUCAGAUAAGAAUUCACCUGAUAGCAGGUGUUCAGCGCGAGAAAGAAAGCCACCAGUUUAUUAUCAUGAUGAAUACGCUGGUAUCACAACAGCAAAGCAUACAGCCCUCUUUGUAA